AUGACAAUCGCUACUAGUAUUUCAAUAGUUCGUCCCAAAAUACCUCUGUUCACUUCCGCAGCCGUCUUCCGCAGCCGGCGUUGCAUUUCUGCCGCCGCCCGCCGGCAGGAGCAAAACUCGGGGAACGUCUCGAGAAGGUCUCAACAGCACCCUGGGAGAAACCUCCUCAAGGCUCGCGAAACAUUCAAAAAACAAUUUUCCUCCCUUGCCCCGGUCCUCGCACAAAAAGACAAGCCUAAUCUCGAGGAAAAUCAGGCUAUUGGCACUGUUGCCGCCUCACAGGCCAAUUUUAUGCGCGUUAUAGUCAAUUCGCUGCCGGUAGAAGAUGCUAGAACAGAGAAUUCGGAAAGAUUUGGUGUGGAAUUGUUGUGUGUGGUGAAGGCCGUAUUGAAGAAGAUAAAGAGGAGAGUGCUGGUAGGGGAUAGGGUGUUGGUGUCGUCAAUUGACUGGGUGGACAGGAGAGGAAUGAUUGAUAAUGUAUUUCAACGGAAGAGCGAGAUUUUGGAUCCGCCAGUGGCGAAUGUUGAUCAUUUGUUAGUCCUUUUCUCGGUGGAGCAGCCAAAGCUUGAGCCGUUUAUACUUACUAGGUUCCUUUUGGAGGCUGAAUCUACGGAACUUCCGCUCACUCUUGCAUUGAAUAAGGCAGAGCUUGUUGAUGAACACAUAUUAGUAGAGUGGAAAUCUCGGCUUCGUAGUUGGGGCUAUGAACCAGUCCUCUGCAGUGUCGAUACUAAACGGGGACUUGAUACUCUGAAAUUCAUUCUUAGAGGCAAGACCUCUGUAAUUGUUGGUCCAAGUGGUGUUGGUAAAUCAAGUUUGAUCAAUGCUUUAAGAGGCAAUCACCAUGUUCCUGGAGCUGCUGAAGAUGAUAAUUGGUUUGAACCUAUUCUAGGUAGCAAGUGGUUUGAAGAGCAGCGUGUUGGAGAAGUUUCAAUGAGAAGUGGAAGAGGAAAGCACACUACUAGACAUGUUUCAUUGCUUCCAUUGUCUGAAGGGGGAUAUCUUGCUGACACUCCAGGAUUUAGCCAGCCUAGUUUGAUGAAAGUUACAAAGCAAUCCCUUGCACAACAUUUUCCAGAGAUCCAGAAAAUGCUAAAAAAUAAUGCAGUUGGGAAGUGUUCCUUCAAUGAUUGCUUACAUGUUGGUGAACCGGGGUGCCUUGUACAAGCGGAUUGGGAAAGAUAUCCUUACUAUCUUCAGCUUCUUGACGAGAUCCGAAUCAGAGAGGAGUUUCAAUUGCGGACUCUUGGAACGAAGAGAGAGAGCGAUGUUAGGUUUAAGAUGGGAGACAUGGGUGUCAAGCAAGCAGAACCAAGGUUGGAGCCUAAGAAGCACAGGAGACUAUCUCGCAAAAAGGGCGAUGAGACAAGAAAACCAGUAGGCAAAAUGCUGCAUAACACCAUGUUCUAG